AUGGAUGAUACCAUUACAUUCGGUCCCUCGGGCCAAGAAUGGCAUUAUUCAAAGACCACGAAGACCUACGACCUGUCUGGGGGAUCCGUCAAGAAACUGACCUUUCCAACCAGUGAGGGUCCCAAAGAGACAUCAAUUACAAUUUCUCCCGAGUCGUCUGCCCUGGUGAUUGUCGAUAUGCAAAACUUCUUCCUGGAUCCGAAAUGUAGGGACCACCCUAAUGGCCUGAAAGCCGUGGAGCCAACGAUCAAGGUCAUAGAGAAGUGUAGAGAAGCUGGGAUACAGGUAAUUUGGAUGAACUGGGGUCUUACGGACGAAGAUAUGAAAUCCAUGCCCGCUGGCGUCCAACGAGGCUUCUUGAGAGACACGCUUCAAUCCGUAUCUAGUAGCAUACAACCCUAUACUGGCCUUGGAUCUGAUCUAGGGGAUGGCAAGGGUCGUUGCCUCUUCGCCGGAUCCUGGAACGCCGAUAUCUACCCCCCUCUCAAAGCGCACGUCAAACCGGAAGAUCUGCACUGCCCGAAGAAUCGCAUGAGUGGGUUAUGGACCCCGGAGCAACCGCUGUGGAAAACGUUGAAGGCAGAGAAGAAGAAUACUAUUCUAUUCACGGGCGUGAAUACGGAUCAGUGCGUGCUCGGAACAUUGGUCGAUGCGUACAACGCGGGGUGGAACUGUAUCUCGAUCGAUGACUGUUGUGGUACUACCACGGUAGGCGGCAAGGAGGUGUCACUUCACAAUAUUGCAUCCUCGUAUGGGUUCGUGACGAAUAGCACCGGAUUUAUAGCUGCAGAGUAA